AUGCACCAUUUCGAUUUCUCCGGCCUCACUGAACUCUUCUGUCAGUGUAUAUCAUCGUUCUCACCUCUCAAACAAUGGUCGUGUUUCUCCCCCAACACGCCUCCGUCACCUGAAGUAGAAGCUCACGAAGGCGAAUUACAGACGCUGCUGCAGGCUUCCACGAAUAAAGGUUGGGAUGAUCAAGACGACUUCUCACUUUCCCCGUCUACACUCGCUGGGCGAAGCAUUCGCCAAGCUAGAGAAUUCGGACGUCCAAAACCCAUGAUCAAAUACCACCAAGAAGAACCAUCGUUUGAUACCCAUCUUUCUACGAGUGAUCUAUAUAAGCAGACAUCGGUCUGUUCGGAACAUGAUGAAGAUCCAAGAUCCCUUUCAUUUAAUCCCAUGGAACUGGCUGAAUUGGCUAAACAAUUUGAACCCACUUUGACUAUGGAAGAUAUCAGAAAAGAGGAGGAAGAACAGGCUGAGCUUGAAAGAAAAGCAGAAACGGUAGACCACGAAAUUAGGAAGGAAGAUAUUGAUCACAUAGGAAUACAAGAUGAGUUUGGAGAAUUUGAACACGGCACUGAUGUUGAAGGAAAUAAGAUGGAAGAAAUAUCAUUUGGAAUAGAAGGAGUACAAGACCACGAAGAAGUUCAAUGA